AUGGAGAGCUAUGAAGAGUUGGUAAACAUUUUGAAGGUGAUACUUGAUGGAGGAAACUACGGCUUUUGGAAGUCAAGGAUGAAGUUCCUAAUAGGAGGAAUUGAUGUACUGGGUCAGAGGUCUAUCUUAGUUCAGUGGGAAGCGCCUACUAUAGUUGAUGAUGAUGGCUUUCGUACUCCCAAACCAGAGGAAACUUGGACGGAAGAUUAUGGUUCUGAUGGAAAUGGUGAUGAUGAUCUUGCUGAGAGUUAUAAGGAAACUGAAUUACAUGAUGAACGGAAACUCAGUCAGAAAAGUGUGUUGCUGUUGAAAGAGAAACUCAACCUGGUUGUCAAGGCAGUAAAUCUGGAGAAGGAACUGCACGCUGAGAAGGAGAUAUCUGCUGAACUUCAGUCACAACUUGAUUUGCAAUACAAGAAGAUUCGCAUGUUUGGUGGUACGAGGCAAUUGGAUACGAUUAUGUCUUACGGGAGGACCGAAGGUGGUCACAGAGGUCUGGGAUACACCGGGAGAGAUGGUUCAGAUGCUAAAUAUAUCAAGUUUAUUGCUGCUAGUGUGUCGUCACAUUCUACUCGCAAAACUGGAGGUUACUCAAAGAGUAGUACAGCCUUCAGAGUACUCAACAAGCGAUCAGGGGUGAUCAUUGAGUCAGUGAACGUGGUGUUCGAUGAUUACGUCAGAACACAGCAGAAGAAAGACAGAUUUGUUUGUAUGGACAAUGAACCAGAAAAUCCUAAAGGUGGGAGCAAAGAAGAGUAG